AGGGAGCAAGUACUGUUAACAAGACUGAGGUUAGGACACUGUGGACUGGUGGCUGACCUAUGUCUAAUUGGUAAACACCACAAUGGAUUGUGUGAAAACUGCACAAAGAAAGAGACUAUCACUCAUGUUCUGAUGGAGUGUAAAAGAUUUUCUGAGCAGAGGAGAGUUCUUUUUUCACAUCUUUUUGAUCUUGGGUUUGAGUCUGUUUCUAUUAAAGUGCUGCUUGAUCCGUCUGCACGUCAGCAAGAGGUCUACAAAGCCCUGAUGGAUUUUGUGUUUAGCUCUGGCUUGCAGCAUAGUCUGUGAGUAGAGUGUAGUAGUCAUGGUCUGCCAGUGAAAGGCAGCAAUGCGCUGACUGGCGCGCAGCCUGCCGGAAAUCCAUAAGAAGAAGAAGAGCGCGUCCACUUUUAGCUUGUCAUAAGCUAAGCUAGUGGCGCUCGUGAGAGUGUGAGUUUGGUCACAUGUGUUUUGGGUCAAAAUGUGAUAAGAGUUACAUGACUAAAGUUUGAUUUAAUUUUAUUUAUCUUGCGCUGAUCGGAAGGAACUUGUGAAUCUCGGAAGCAGGGAUGUGGUCAUUCUGGACCCUGAGACCAGCACUGACAUCACUGAUCCAAGCAUCCCAGCAUGCCUCUGUCUGGACGAGGCCCCUCCUCUCCAGGGCCAUGGCAACCCUCAACCAGAUGCACCGUAAGGGGAGGCCCAAGUUCCCUCCAAAGCCCCUUGGCCCCACGUUCGGCCGUCCCCAGCUGAAGGGAGUGGUCUUAAAGACCAUGAUCCGUAAGCCCAAGAAGCCCAACUCCGCCAACAGGAAGUGUGCCCGGGUGCGUCUGUCUAAUGGCAAGGAGGUGGUGGUGUUCAUUCCUGGGGAAGGGCACAACCUGCAGGAGCACAAUGUGGUCCUGGUGGAGGGCGGGCGGACCCAGGACCUGCCCGGGGUCAAACUGAAGGUGGUAAGGGGUAAAUAUGACUGUGCCCAUGUGGUGAAGAAGAAACAGUGAAUAAACGUCUUUCACCUGCUUCACAUCCA